AUGUGGAGAGAGUUAAUCACCGAGGUUAAAUCGAUUGUUAAAACGCAUUUUCUGAUUUUGGAAUUUGAAAUCUCUGUUUUGAAACGAGAUCGGAUUUCCAGAAACAGUCGACAAAGGACAAAAUUUACCCCGACAGUUCGGAUUUCAGAUUUUCGUGCAUGUAUAAUACCUCGUGUGAGACAACGAGUUGCAUCAUUGUGGUACACCAAUACAGUAAAGUUGCAUGUGCCGUUUGAAGUAUUCUUGGAGAAAUUGCAGGCUGGUCUUCUAUUUCAUUCCUUGACAGGUUCCUCAAAAAUUUAUUCAUCCUCUAGUUCUUUCUUUGUACCAUUCUUAACCACAAUGAGUCGAGACAGUAGGUCCGAAUUUUGGAAAAAUGCUGAAACGCUUUCCCAAGUUUCGCACGACGAAGUGCUAAUUGAAAUGGGAGUUAUUGAAUGUGAGAGCCAAGCUGGCCCAAGCACCGGUGGCGGUCAAAGCCUUGGCGAAUUUUUUAAAGAGGCAAAAAUGAUUCGGAAUAUUAAAGAGAAUACGUCAGGAAUUGAAGAUUUACACAAGAGAACCUUGGUUACUGUAACGAAUGAUGAAAGUUCUCGGAUGUCUCGGCAACUGGAUUUGCUAAUAUCAGAAACAAUUCGUGUAGCAGGUCAAAUAAGCAAUAAAUUAGCGAUGAUGGAACAAAAUAAUAAGAUGGUAACAAAUGUACAAGAUCAAACGCAAAUACGCUUAGCGCAGCACGCGACGUUAGUUAAAACGUUUAUUGAUACGAUGACGGCAUAUCGCCAAAUGCAAUUGGAUAAUGAGAAAAGGUACAAGAAGAGGAUUGAAAGGCAAUAUCGUAUAGUGAAACCUGAUGCCACACAACAAGACAUUGAUCAGUUGAUAAGUGAAAAAACUGGGCAAACAUUCGCAUCCCAGGCGCUAUUAACAACAUCAGUAGAACGAUCGCGUUCUGUUCUUAAAGAAAUUCAAGAUCGACAAAGAGACAUUCUAAAGAUCGAAAGAUCAAUUAACGAACUUAAUAAAAUUUUUAGUGAAGUUCAAGCAUUGGUAAUAGAACAACAGGAUGAUCCAAUACAAAGUGUUGCGGAAGCAGCCGAAAUCACCAUUGUGAUUCCCGAACAAGGAAGGCAAGAUAAACCAACAGUUGGAAGAUUAGAGAGAAUAAGAAGGAUUAAAAAUGUUUUUAAUAAAUUUCAUCAUUUCAGAAAAAAUGGACAUUAA